AUGAAGAUCAGCAAUGGUGUUCUCUUGGUGAUGAAAGGAAUCAAGGUUGGCAAUUUGUAUGUGUUGCAAGAAUCGGUUUACAUGAGCGGUAUAGUGCCAGUUUUAGAAAAGCAUUUGCAAAUUCAUCACUAUUCUCAUAAUUCUCCGACCACUCCUCCAUUCUUAUCCUUUCUUUGCCUUAUCAUCUUCUUAUUCAUCACUUCCUCUUCCUCUUCCUCUGACUUGUCAUCAUCAACUGAACCACAGGCUCUCCUCAAUUGGAAAGCCACUCUCCAUAACUACUCUACUGCUGCUGCUGUUGCUCUCCGUUCUUGGAACCUUACGUCAUCUCCCAACACUACUACUACUACUACUACGGCUUCUUCAUCCUCACUACCAAUCCCAUGCUGCAACUGGCUCCUUAAUCAGCUCGAACCGCCUGUUAUUACACUUGACAUAGGAGAUAUCUGGAUGGAACUAGUGUUUGGUUCCAUCUUGCUCUUUCUGUCAUCAAUGAGUUCAGAUUUGAAUUGUGCACAGGAGUUUCCUAUCCUAGCAUCUGCCAGAAUAUCAGUUCUGUUAAAUGGUGGCCCUGUUGGAUACUUUGGUGUGGAGAGGGGUCUGAGACAAGGAGAUCCGAUCUCGUCGAUGUUGUUUAUAAUUGCUGAAGAGGUUCUUUGUAGAGGCUUAUCUAAGCUCCUAGCCAACAAGAGCAGUAAGGCUCUUUCGGGUCCCCGUGGUGCUAUUACCCCUACCCAUAUUCUAUUUGUUGAUGACGUAUUCAUCUUCUCAAAUGCAUCCAUCAGCAAACUUGCUGGAGAGAUACCAAUGGAAUUUGGUAGCUUAUCCUAUUUGUUCCACUUGAAUAUAAGUGGCAACAAUAUUUCAGGGCAUGUACUAGUUGAAAUGGAUAAAUUCAUCAACUUGGAGCUUCUUGACCUCUUGGCAAACAGCAUUCCAUCUCAAAUUGGUGAUCUAGUAUCCCUACAAGCUCAGUUGGACCUUAGUCAUAACUCAAUCAGUGGACCGAUACCACCAGAGCUUGCAAAGUUGGUGAUGCUGGAAAUUUUGAAUCUAUCACACAAUAGGAUCACAGGCUCAAUACCUUUUUCUCUUGAAGACUUGGGUCGCUUACUAUCUCUUGAUUUCUCCUACAAUGAGUUGGUGGGUGUUGUUCCUAACAACAAAAUUUUCAAAAAUGCUUCACCACAAGCAUUUAGGAACAAUAAAGGGUUAUGUGGUGACCUUCAAGGUCUACUUCCCUACAAUCAAUCUCGUAGAAGCAAGGAAUUGAAGAAAAAUGGACAUAAGGUUGUCAUAUCCAUCAUUGCUUCUUUGAUAGGAAUUAUUGCUUGUGUGGACAUUAUUCAAGCAACAGAGAAUUUUGAUUCCAAAUAUUGCAUUGGAACUGGAACUUCUGCAAAUGUUUACAAAGCAGUGCUACCUACUAGCCAUGUUGUAGCCUUGAAGAAGUUCCACCCAUUGGAAGGUGAGACAAUAGUUAAUGAUGAAAGCUUUAGGAAUGAGAUGCGUAUAUUAACCGAAAUAAGGCACCGGAAUAUUGCCAAACUUUAUGGAUGUUGUUUCCAUCCACGAUGCAUGUUUCUUGUGUAUGAGUACAUGGAAAAAGGAACCUUAGCACGGAUUUUGAGCAAGCAAGCAGAGGCUAUUAGGUUUGAUUGGCUGAAAAGAGUAAAUGUCAUCAAAAGUGUGGCUAAUGCUUUGUCUUACUUGCAUAAUGAAUGUAUUCCACCAAUAAUUCAUCUGGAUAUUUCAAGCAAAAAUAUACUGCUAGACUUGGAACUCAAGGCUCGUGUAUCUGAUUUUGGCAUUGCAUGA